AUGGCCGAGUCUCCCAAGACUAAUCUUCCCCGGAAGAGCGCCUUCUCGUGUGAGGCCUGUCGCAAACGCAAGGUCAAAUGCAACGGUGUUAGUCCGUCCUGUUCGCGGUGCACCGCACGAGGCGAGCAAUGUAUCUACAGUUUAGCCCCGACCUUAUCGUACACAAAACAGCUCGAAGCCCGGGUUGCGCAGCUGGAGGAAGCUUUGGCGAAACGCGGGGAGGGGGAUGAGACACACAAGAGAUCGCCCUCGGUGGCUGAUUCCAGUUCGAGCGGGCCGAAGACGAGACAUCACGAUGCGGAGGAUCUCGCUCGACAGUUCGACGGCCUCAAUGUUGAGAAUGACGGUCGUGUCUCGUUUCAUGGACCGACGAGCUUGUUUCAGCUGCCCAGUGGGAUGGUGAAUGCGACGUCGAAUGCGCAAUACGCACAGGAUUGUGAAGGGCGCAAGGAGCGUCUUAUCAAUAGCGCAUGGCGGGAAAGGGCAUUUGAGCAGAUGGCUGCUAUGCCGGAGCCUUUCCAGUAUCUUCUUGAUUCGCACUGGUGCUGGAUCCAGCCGCUAUGGAACUUUGUCUACCGGCCUGCAUUUACACGCGAUCUGAAAAUUCAAGGCAAAUAUUAUUCGGAUGUCUUGUUGAAUGCGAUUCUUUCUCACUCAGUACGUUGGUGCAAAGCGGAGCCUCAGGUUGGCCCGCUUCUGGACGCCUUUGAUGGCGGAGCACAAUUCUCCCAUCGCGCCGUGACCGGGGUAUUCGAGUCUCUCAAAGUUGGCUAUGCUGGCAUUCCUACUAUUCAGACAUUACUCCUUCUCAGUGCACAGGAAUGUGGUCGCGGAAAUCGGACGCAGGCUUGGCUGUACAGCGGGAUGGCCUUCCGGCUGCUGGACGACCUGGGUAUCUCUAUCGAUAGCCGGAAAUAUUCAGGGUCGGCACAGUUGAGUGACGAGGAUAUUGAGAUACGAAACCGAUUAUUCUGGAGUUGUUACUUCUGGGACAAGGUGCUCUCGUUAUACUUUGGCCGAGCACCGACGAUGCAGCACUCCCACGUUAGCCCACCGCGGAUGAUUCUUGACGAUACUGCUGAGAUUGAAAUAUGGACGCCUCAUGGUGUGACGUUCACAGAUGGCGCUCACUAUCCGCCCACUCAGGCACACUCAACGUCAUGUUUCAUGAAGAUGUGCGGUCUGGCAGAAGUAUUGAACCAGAUUCUGAUACACAUCUACGACCCAAUCCGCCAGAUCACGGACUCUGCAUUCUAUGAUUGCAUCCGGGAGCAGGCCAAGAACCUGGGUGACUGGUGGCAGGAACUACCAGACUACUUGAAGUUGGUAGCAACAGACCUUCCUCCAUACUCACCACCAAGCCAUAUCGUUAUUCUGAACUGUUUCUAUCACACCAUCAACAUCCUUCUCCAUCGACCAAUCCUCUGCAAUAAGGAGCGGUCUGACACCCGCCCCGAGACACAAGACUCAAACCAUCUUGUACAGUGCAUGGCAUCAGCAACAUCAAUCCUAGCACUCUUCGAUCUCUAUCGCCGCACCUUUGGCGAUAGCCACGUCGUUCUCUCUCUCGCAUACAGCAUCUACACAGCAUCAUCAAUUUUUUUACUCGAGAUCGAAGCUCUGAAGUACGCCGCACCAGGCACCCUAGACAAACUCAAGUUCUGCAUCUUCGCCCUCGAAAGAGUCAAAGCCGCCAAUCCAGUCAUCGGAACCGCCCUCAACCUGAUUUCCCAGCAGCUCCAAAAACAUAAUAUCAACAUCCACGCACCAAUGUCCGCAGUAUCUGAACUCAACCAAGAACACCAUUCCCAACAUCACCCACCCCCACCUCAAUCUCAUGUUCAUCCCCAUCACCCUCAACACAGCCAGUCGCCGUCAAUCGGCAGCAACCCCUCCCGCCAUGUUUCUCCAUCCCAACAUCAUCAAGCACAAGCACAAAUGGGCACGCAUGCCCAAACCACAGGACCGGAAAACCCGCCCCUAAUGCAAUCCUACAGUACCUUCCAACACCAGGGAGUUGGUUUCAAUAUCCCCCACUCGGACGAGAUGCCCCAAAUGCAGGCUACACACUUGCUGGGUGGGAUGCCAAAUGCCGCUAUAACAAUGGACCACGGGUCCUAUGAAAUCACGCCGGAGGUGUAUGAGGCUUUCUCUUAUGCACAGCCUCUCACGACGAAUAUGACGCCUUCCUUUGAGCAGGGCUGGGGUGGGCCUUCUCAAUAA